AUGCAAGCCCCAACCUGCGACCUGGCAAAGCCAAUGGGCAAGGAAACUGCAAACACAAACACUAUAGAAAAGUGGAAAGAAGAUUUGAGAGCCAUGAAGGGUUAUGAGCCACGUUCAAGUUCCUCUUGUGCAGCCUGCAAGUUCUUGAAGAGAAGAUGCAUACCAAAUUGUAUAUUUGCACCUUACUUUCGCUCUGAUGAGUGCAAGAAAUUCGCCAAGGUCCACAAGGUGUUUGGAGCUAGCAAUGUGAGCAAGAUCCUGAUCGAAGUUCCUGAGGAGCAGAGAGAGGACACGGUGAAUUCUCUUGCUUAUGAGGCAGAAGCGAGGCUUAGGGACCCCAUUUAUGGAUGCAUUGGUGCCAUAGCUCUACUUCAAAGGAAGAUGGUGGAGCUUCAACAUGACCUUGCCAUUGCUAAGGACCGUCUUGCUCGUUAUGCUGCUGCUGCCACCACUCCUUCCACCACCACCACCACCGCCACCACCGAUACCUUCAAUUCCCAUGUUAGUUUGCCACCCUUCCCUGAAUUUUUCUCUUUCGCUGAUUUCAAUGACAACUUCUGCCACACCUCUUCCUCUCAAUCUCCACCAUUGACCAGACAUGAAUCGGUCGAUGAUUUCAUUCAAAUCCCUUAUAUAUUGUGA